AGAGCAAUGUGACGCAACGGAUACUGGCUUCUUUCCUGGAAGCUGCAAGCCAGUCCGCAACGAACCCCGGCGAUACUAUAUCCUUCUACUCGUCUCGCUGCUGCAUGUAAGGGAGAGUACGCCACCAACCAUGGCCGGUCGAGCAGCGACGUCUCCGCCUGCUUCGCCGCCGCCAGGCGAGCAGUUCGCGGAGGUGGUGGUGGUGCGACACGGCGAGACGUCGUGGAACGCCUCCCGCACCAUCCAGGGGCAGAUGGAUCCGGAGCUGAACGAGACCGGCAGACGACAGGCUCUCGUGGUUGCCCGUCGGCUGUCGAGGGAAGCCAAGCCAGCUGCCGUCUACUCCUCCGACCUCAAGCGCGCCGCCGAGACCGCGCAAACCAUAGCCACAGCCUGCGGCGUAUCCUCUCUGGUGCUGGAUCCAGCGCUGAGGGAGAGGCACAUGGGGGAUCUCCACGGCGUGGUAUUCGACGACGCCGUCAGAAGGAGCCCUGAGAUCUUCUCUUCUUACUCGAGGACCCAUGAAAUCCCCGGUGGUGGGGAGAGCCUCGAUCAGCUAUCCAAGAGGUGUGUCUCGUACCUGAACACGGUGGCUGAGAAGCACAAGGGGGAGCGGGUGAUCGUGGUCACCCAUGGCGCCAGCACGGAGGAGCUGUGCAUACACGCCGACCCGACCAGCCCGGUGCGCGGGAAGCUCUACAACACUUCGAUCUGCGUCUUCCGUAUCGGCGGCGGCGAAUGGAUCCUCGAGAAGGCCGGCGACGUCGGCCAUCUCGAUCAAGGUGAAUUCCUUGAGGACGCAUUUGGCGGCGAUGGUGUAUCUGCGUGACAGUACUGCUGUUGCCCUUUCGCCGACGCAUUCAUCAGCAAUCUACAGACUGCAGCUCACGCAAAGCCAGUUCGACCGGCCAAUGUUAUUUCACAGACGUGUUAUUAACUCACGCAAAGCCAGUUCGACUGGCCAAUGUUAUUUCACUGACGUGUUAUUAAUUCAUCCUCGGUGAAACAAUAAAUGAUCUAAUUAAUACUCUAUGGAGAGACGCUGCAGUUGGUUUUAAA